AUGUCUUUUGCGGCUGAAGAAGUGAAUUCUAGAGAGGAAGUCAGUUGCAUAGACUUCUAUGAAGAUCUACAGCAAGUGAUUGAAGAAAUGAAUGUGAUCAAGAAGGAAGCCAUGGAGACUUCAGUUGAAGCUCAGCCUCAGAGAAAGGUCUCCUUGACUCUUGCUGGCUCCUCGACGUCCUCUUCCAAUGUGAAGGAAAUCAUGAUGGUGGGCUUUGAUGACGUGCAACUUCAACUCUUGGAUAAGCUCACUGGAGGCAACCGUAACCGCCAAAUCAUCCCAAUCACAGGGAUGGGCGGGAUUGGUAAGACCACUCUUGCCCGACAUAUAUUUGAGCAUGCCCUUGUUAAGGAGUAUUUUGAUAUUCGUGCAUGGACUACAAUUUCUCAAACUUAUAAUGUUAGAGAAACACUUAGUCAAGUUCUUCACCAAGUGAGUGGAGAUUUGAGGAGUGAUCUGAGUGAGGAAGAUUUAGGAGUGAAAUUACGAAAGUAUUUACUUUCUAGGAGCAAGUAUCUCAUAAUAUUGGAUGAUAUGUGGAGUGUAGAGGUGUGGGACAAGAUGAGGUUUUUCUUUCCCGAUUACAAUGAUGGGAGUCGAGUAAUUGUAACGACUAGGCUCUCAAAUUUGGCUACUGAGUUGACAAACUCUAACAGCAUUGGUAUGAGAUUUUUAGAUGAUGUUUUCAGCUGGAGUUUGUUCUCCAAAACUGUAUUUGGGGAUGAGGAUUUUCCUCUUCAUCUGGAGGAAAUCGGAAAGAAAAUUGUUGGGAAGUGUAAGGGACUUCCUUUGUCGAUUGUUGUGAUUGGGGGUCUUUUGGCAAAGUCCGAACUUACAUUGGAGUAUUGGGAGCACAUAGAGGAAAACUUAAGCUCAAUAGUGAAUUCGGAAAAUGAUGAAUAUUGGUUGAGAGUAUUGAAACUGAGCUAUGACCAUUUGCCUGCCUAUCUGAAGCCUUGUUUUUUGUACAUGGGAGUGUUUGAGGAAGAUGAGGAAAUUAGGGUUGUAGAACUCAUGAGGCUAUGGGUUUCUGAAGGCUUUCUCAAACCAAUAAUCAAUAAAAGCUCGAAAACAAUUGCCAAGGAGUAUUUGAAGGAGCUAGUCGAUAGAAACCUCAUUCUAGUUCAUAAGUUGGGGGCAGUUGGGAAUAUAAAGUACUGCAAAAUGCAUGAUUUAGUGAGAGAUCUAUCAUUUCAAGAAGCUGAAAAGCAGAGGUUUUAUUAUGUCUUAGGGCAACAUUAUCCUCGAGGGGCAAAUAGGCAACGCCGCAUUGUUAUUCCCAGAAGAACUUCACAUGAGACAGUCCGGGAUGCCAUGGAAACUAUGUCGACACGUGCUCGUUCUUUCAUAUGUCAUGCUGAUACGGUUCCAGAAUUGCUAGAUUUCAGAUUUUUGAGGACACUGAGUACAAAUAAGUAUUCCGGAGGGUAUUCAGAAGAAAAUGUGUUUCAAUUGGUGAACUUGAGGUACCUUUCGGGUGAAUUUCGUGAGGGGUUCCAAAUCCCUUCUUCAAUUAGUCUGCUGUGGAAUCUACAUACACUAAUUGUUUUUUGUUGGGGUGUUGAACCUACAACUGCACCAGUAGAAAUUUGGAAAAUGCAUCAGCUUAAGCAUGUCGAGUUCGGAUAUCCAGGAUAUGGAAUGUAUCUCCCAGAUCCUCGGAGCGGGCAUAGUGAUGUUAUGAUGGAGAAUCUAGAGACGCUCAAAGGAGUGAUUGAUUUCAACUUGAAUGAAGAAAUGGUUAAGAGAAUUCCCAAUAUCAAGAAACUGUCUAUAAGAUACGAGGAUAAAGUAAUGGAGAGAGUGAAGUGCCUCAGCUAUCUUCAAUGUCUGAGUAAGCUGGAAAGCUUGACGUGCUCUAUUGAAGAUGGAAGUGAUGGUGAGUAUCUGCAGAGUAUUAGCUUCCCCCACUCACUCAAGAAGCUGUAUCUUCGAUGCAUAAACUGCCAUUGGGAGGAAAUUCUGGAAAAGAUAGCGUCAUUACCACUUCUUGAGAAGCUCCAACUGUUCCGUGGGCGGUUUGCAACACGCAGUUGGGAAAUAGUUGAAGGCCAAUUCCCCAGCCACAAAUACUUGAGUAUGUAUGGGUGUGGGGAUAUGGAAUGUUGGACGUUAGAGGGCUCCUGCUUGCCACGCCUUGAGCAACUUCAUCUCACAUUGAUGACGGAAUUGGAGGAGUUCCCUUCCGAAAUAGGAGAAAUAGCAACACUCAAAUCAAUUCAAUUGGAGUAUUGCAGUGAAUCAGCGGUUGUGUCUUUGAAAAAGAUAGUAGAGGAACAAGAGGAAUUACAAGGGGACCCACCCUUUCAUGUUAUAGUUAAUUGA